AUGUGUGGUAUUCCCACUCUUAGCCCCAGCCGUUAUUCUAAGAUUAUACAAGAAAUCCUGUCCCUUGGAACAAUUCACUUGAACAACGUUUUAUGUAGGAGAAGGAAGAAACUAUUUCAUUUCGAAUUUCGCCUCAAGCAAUCCCAUGAAAUCCGUCAGUAUCAAGCAGUCUGCGACACCUCAAUUACCUUACCACCACAUCCUCUAAAAUUUCAAGAACGCUUAGUUGAAUUUCCUUGCGUGCAUUUGAGUGCAUGGAAUUUAACACCAACUGUGACGGAAAAUAUACUACCACAAGAAGUCACGGAGAGGGUUGCUCCCAAUCUAACCUGUGAUCCCUCUCUCGCUAUAUGCCAAUUUCAACGCACAUAUUUAUAUCAAUCCUAUCAGCGUAGAAUAUCAUGUCUCUCUACCGUCAGGUCAAACCGCCUUUCAGAGAUGAAUAUCUGUCCCGACUCCCCUUCAGGGCCUUGUACUGCUGCAUAUGAUUCAACAGAAACCUUCCAGGCUGAUAUUUGGGUUCUUUAUGAAGGAUUUGAUUGGAACACUGAGGAGCUCAAAAGGAAACUGAAUGAGCGCGAUGAAACAGGGGAGGAUAAACAUGAUGCAUUAGAUAUUUGGGAGGGAGCCUGCAAUAAGAGAAUAUCUACCCCCUCUUUCUCCUUUGCUACUCUUCAGUUCUUCAACACUCACUACCCUUACGCUCUUCUCCCAAAUUGUUGCCAAAAGACUCAUUGGAUGAAACUUCCAAACUUGAGUCGGCUCCAGCUAGAGAUGCUGUAUACCCCCGCCUGGGGCAAUCCGAGGGUGGGUCAGCUCAAUUUACAAGAUGCAUGGCAUUUCUGGUGGAAAAUCAGGUACAGGAAUGGGGUUGAAAUGAUGGCGGGGCAUAUAGAUCGCAUUGGGAUCUGCGAAAGAUCAGCUCCUAUAAUUGAUGCUUCAGAUUCAAAUAAUGACCGAGACUUAUCUAAAGAAGCUUCAUGGUUGACUCAAGGGUUAGUAACUCCUACAAUUAUCAUUAAUGACUUGCAGCAGCUUCCCUGCGCCACACACCCUUUUCAACAUGCACCAUUUCAUUCCUAUCUUUAUCAGAACAAAUUCUAUGAAGGGUCAUCAAACAGCACACUGUGUCUCUUAGAGCACUACAAUAUCUGCUACAUGUCUUUGAUUUGGGUGGCUCAAACUUGGCCCACUAAUGGUAACAUGCAACAAUGGGCACCCAUGGUACAUAGAGGGGUACAGGCACUUGUAGAUAGUGACUUGGCCUGGUUACGGAUAGGUAUCAAUAUGAUGAAUAAUCAGUCUUACUAG